GAACACUGUGACGUUGUUGUCCUUCACACUGGAAUUGCUUCGCCCGGAUCGCAUCAGAAAUUCCCCUUUCAGAUGGCGCGGGUUUGGCUGGCAGUUCAGGUUCGCUUCGCCUUUAGCCUCAGAGGCCCAGAAACGGCAUGGUGGCGCCGAGAGAUUCAGAUUCAGCCGGAGGGCUCUCUGAAGGAGACACUGGCAGGCCUGGCUAAGACCCACAUCUCUGUGCGGCCAUCCCCAGACAUAGAGGACCAGCUGAUACUCUUGCACGCAGACCCGGCCGUGCUGCUGAUCCCCAACCUUUGGAGACGUGAGGCCUGCGAGCAGCUUAUUGCCGUGGCGAGAGGCAGCGGUGCCAUGAGACAGUCGCACGCAACAGGCGUCAGCGAUGCAGAAGCGCAGGCCCUCCGAACCAGCGGCAGCGUGGUCAUCACGCCUGACAUAACAAGGCGGUUUGGUGCAGAGCGCCUGGUCCGCAAGCUGUUUCGCGACCUCGCCGUGCUAGGAGUUGGAGGCCCGCAAAGCGGCUACGGAGAAUUUCCGCAGGUGGUGCGGUACGAGCGCGGUCAGCACUUUGCUGAGCACCAGGAUGCCUUUAACUGGGAGCAAGUCCAGCAGGAUGGCUACCAGCGACAAGCAACCUUUCUCUUGUACCUGAACGAUGUUGAAAAGGGCGGCGCCACGAGGUUUCCAGAGCUGGGCAUAGAUGUGCAGCCGCGCUGCGGCCAGGGCCUGCUUUUCUUCCCGGCCUUCAAGGAUGGCAGGCAAGAUGUGCGGACAGCCCAUUCUGCAGAAGCGGCAGUUGACGAGAAAUGGAUUGUACAGGUGUGGAAGGGCAAGUUGGUUCCAUCGCCGAGAAGAUAGAUAGAUGCAUUGUGAGUGAAAAAAGCAGUACCAAAAAAAACCUCAACUGAAU